AUGAAGCAGGAAAACUCAGCCGGAGAGCCAAUUUGUGUAGGCAAUGGCGUAGAGGAAACAGAUGAGUUGCGCGAGACCAGUAUUUUAACGAUUACGGAAUGGUUGCUGGAAGAACGACCCGAUUACAAGAUCCCUAGAGAAUCUAAAUUGAUAUUGUACUUUUUACGAACGACGAAGUAUAAAAUCGAUAAAGCAAAGCAGAAACUAAUAACAUUCCUCAAGAACAGAGAAAAGCUGACGGAGUGGUUCACAAAUCGAGACCCGUUUCGACCAGAAAUACAAGAGUUGCUCGACAUCGGAGUGUUUCUGCCGCUUCGUCAGAAAGAUUCGCUCAGCAGACAGGUCGUCAUAAUCCGAACUUCUGCCCACGAUCCUCAAAAGCAUAAACAGGACAAUGUGUUCAAGGUCGAUAAGAUGAUCCUUGAUCUGCUUAUGUACCUCGAUGAAUCGGUGUCGAUACAUGGAGUGGUGGCGAUUUUUGACAUGCAAGGCGUUACGCUUAGCCAUGCAUUACAGUUAUCACCAUCGAUGAUAAAAAAAUCAGUUGAAAGCUGGGAAAACUAUCCGUGUAAACCGAAGUUGCUAGAAUUCGUCAACGUACCUAUCCACGUGAACAUAGUGCUGAACGUGUUUAGAAAUUUCAUGAGCCCCAAGAUGAAAGAACGAGUUACAAUCUCACGUAAGGGAUCAAAAUUACAUCAAUCCGUCAUGCUGCCCCAGGAGCUAGGAGGCAACGGGGAGAGCUAUCGCGAGCUAGCCGAGUACUGGAAAGAAACAGUGCAGGCGAACGCUCCUUUUUAUGCAAAAAUGGAAGAAAACGUUUUUCAAUUUUAG